UCCCUAUAUAUAUCUGGGUUGAGAUUUCGUUAGCAGAAGAAGCCAUAUCCACUUCUCUGUGCUUUCUUUCUCUCUGCUUUCUUUCUCUUUAGAGGUUGAAAUUCAUUGUAUGGCAGCCAAUCCGAAGAGCCGCGAACUCGCCAGCUUGGGGAAGCGAGUUGUGAGCCAGAUCUGGAGCAGCAGCUCCCGCGAUCCUGCUCUGCCAGCUGUUGCUUUCAGAAGUGCCCAUUUCUCCAUAUAUGACAAGAACCCGGAUGAUCAACUCCCCUCGGGUGUGGUCCCCGACGAGCUGAUCCAGCCCCAGUCCGACAAGUACUGGGCUCCACACCCACAAACUGGCGUGUUUGGCCCAGCUGCCGAGCAAAACGCUGCAACUGCUGGUGCAGGAAGCAGGGACGGUGGCUUGUUCUCCUCACCAGUGAAUGGUGGUGGAGAGUCGGUGCUGGAGGAGAAGGCGUGGUUCCGCCCCACCAGCCUGGAGGACUUGGAGAAGCCUCACUGAUCUCAACAAAAGCGCAUGUGAAUAAGGCCAAAGCCCUCCCAUCAGAGGAUAGGUAACUGGAACUGCUAGUAAAAAUAUUUAGUAGAAUAAUAAUAAUAAUAAGAAGAGUAUUUAAGGCUUGGUUUUGGAUGUGUAACAAAGAGUUUUACUCACAACUCUUGUUGUUUGCGGUCAUGUACUUAGGCUUGGAAUUGGAUGCUAUGUUUCUUGUGCUAUUUUGCUAUAAGACGCUUGCUUAUGUUUGCCA